AUGCUGGGGAACCCGAUGGCCGAGCGGCCGCCGCUGUUGCAGCAGCAGCUACUGCUACUAUUGUUGCUACUGUCUAGGGUCGCGGCGCUGCACCCUGGCGAGCUCUUCCCCUACGGGGAGUCGUGGAGGGAUCAGCUCCUGCCGGAAGGCGACGACGAGAGCUCAGCUGCCGUGAAGCUGGCUAUUCCCCUGCGCUUCUACGAAGCCCAGUUCAGUGACCUCUACGUGGGCACCAAUGGCAUCAUCUCCACACAGGACUUCCCCAGGGAGACCCAAUAUGUGGACGAUGAUUUCCCCACAGACUUCCCGGCCAUUGCCCCUUUUCUGGCCGACAUUGAUACGAGCGGGGGCAGAGGCCGGAUCCUGUAUCGCGAGGACACUUCCCCAACUGUGCUGGGUCUAGCUGCCCGCUACGUGCGCGCCGGCUUCCCGCGCUCUGCUGAGCGCUUCGCCCCCACCCACGCCUUCCUGGCGACCUGGGAGCAAGUGGGCGCCUAUGAGGAGGUCCGGCGAGGGGCGCCGCCUUCGGGGGAGCUCAACACUUUCCAGGCAGUUUUGGCAUCUGAUGAGUCUGAUAGCUACGCCCUCUUUCUUUAUCCUGUUAAUGGCCUGCAGUUCUUUGGAACUCGCCCCAAAGAGUCUUACAACGUUCAACUCGAACUUCCAGCCCGAGUGGGCUUCUGCCGAGGGGAGGCUGGGGAGCUGAAGAGAGAAGGACCAUAUUUCAGUUUGACCAGCACUGAACAGUCUAUAAAAAAUCUCUACCAACUAAGCAACGUGGGGAUUCCUGGCGUGUGGGCUUUUCAUAUCGGCAGCACCUCCCUACUGGACAAUGUCAGACCAGCAAUAGUUGAAGGGGACCUUUCCAAAUCCCGCUCCUUGGCAUCUCUGGAACAUUCCUUCAGCCAUGAUGCUGCUCUGGAAAGUGACUAUACUGAUGACAAUCUGGAUUAUUAUGAUGAGAAUGAAGAGGAAAUUGAAUAUCCCCCAAGUGAACCAGAGGAGGCAGGGAAUGGCCAUGGCUCUAUUGAUGUUUCCUUCCACUCAAAAGUUGAUUCAAGGACUUUAGGAGAAUCCACCACCCGGGAUCCUCAAACCAAAGAGGGGACACCUGUGGGGAAGACAGAUAUUUUAGAUAUAAAUGGCCAAGUUCAGCAUUCUGAACAGACAGAGACCAGAAGCCCAGCUUCUUCACCAGAGAUUGACACGGGUUCACUGAAUCCCUCACAGGAAGCCUCACUACUCUAUCCUGAAAAUGAACAUACGCAGCCUUACCCAGGUGGAGGGGCGGUGCCAUCAGCAGUAGAUGUUCCUCCAGCUCAUCCUGGUGGAAAAGUUGUCCUUCAACAUUACCCCAUACCUGAUUUUACUGCACCUCGGAGUGGUGGAAGGUCUGUGGUAGCAGUGGAAGACAACAUCAGUUCCAACACCAAGGUCUUCACAUACAAUGGUGCCAACAAGGAAACCUGUGAACGUAGCCACAGACAGUGCUCCCAGCAUGCCUUCUGCACUGACUACACCACUGGCUUCUGCUGCCACUGCCAGUUCAGGUUUUACGGAAAUGGGAAGCAUUGUCUGCCAGAAGGGGCACCUCUCCGAGUCAAUGGGAAAGUGACCGGCCACCUCCAUGUGGGCCACAUGCCUAUACACUUCACCAACGUGGACCUGCAUGCUUACAUCGUGGGCAAUGAUGGCAGAGCAUACACGGCCAUCAGCCACAUCCCACAGCCCGCAGCCCAGGCCCUUCUCCCCCUCACACCCAUUGGAGGCCUGUUUGGCUGGCUCUUUGCAUUAGAAAAACCAGGCUCAGAGAAUGGCUUCAGCAUCACCGGUGCUACUUUUACCCAGGACAUGGAUGUUACCUUCUACCCAGGAGAGGAGAAGGUUCAUAUCACUCAAAUUGCUGAGGGACUUGACUCGGAGAACUAUCUGAGCAUCAAGACCAACAUUCAAGGUCAGGUACCUUCCAUCCCAGUGAAUUCCACAGCCCACAUUGCCCCCUACAAGGAGCUCUACCACUACUCUGACUCAGCUGUAACCUCUACAAGUUCUAGAGAGUACUCCCUCACAUUUGGUGACAUCAGCCAAACCUGGUCCUACCGCAUCCACCAGAACAUCACAUACCAGACCUGCAAGCAUGCUUCCAGACACCAGGCCGUCCCCACCACCCAGCAGUUAACUGUGGACCGGGUCUUUGCCAUGUACAGCGAUGAAGAAAGAGUUCUUAGAUUUGCUGUGGCAAAUCAAGUUGGUCCUGUUGAAGAGGAUUCAGGCCCAGCUCCAGUCAAUCCUUGUCAUGAUGGCAGCCACAUGUGUGACACAACAGCACAGUGUCAUCCAGGGACAAAUGCAGCCUACACCUGUGAGUGUGCACCUGGGUACCAGGGAGAUGGACGGAGCUGUGUGGAUGUAGAUGAAUGCACAACUGGCUCCCAUCACUGCGGCCCCAACUCUGUGUGUAUCAAUAUGAAAGGAAGCUACAAGUGUGAAUGCCCUAAUGGUUAUGAGUUUGCAGAAGACCGACACACUUGUAUCUUGAUUGCCCCACCUCCCAACCCCUGUGAGGAUGGUAGUCACACCUGUGCUCCUGCUGGCCAGGCCCAGUGCAUUCAUCAUGGCGGCAGGAUGUUCACCUGUGCCUGUCUGCCUGGUUAUGCUGGCUCAGGCCAACAAUGUACUGAUGUUGACGAAUGCUUGGAAAACAGAUGUCACCCUGCAGCGACUUGCUACAAUACUCCUGGUUCCUUUUCCUGUCGUUGCCAACCUGGGUAUCACGGGGAUGGAUUUCAGUGCACACCUGACUCUACCUCAGAAUUGAAACCCUGUGAACAGCAGCAGCGCUAUGCCCAGGCCCAGCCGGCCUAUCCUGGAUCCCCACUGCACAUCCCCCAAUGUGAUGAGAAUGGCAACUUCCUGCCCCUUCAGUGUCACAGGAACACAGGCUUCUGCUGGUGCGUGGACCACAAUGGCCAUGAAGUCCCUGGCACGCGGACACCCCCUGGCUCUACCCCGCCUCACUGCAGAACACCAGAAUCCAUCCAGAGGCCUCGGACUGUCUGUGAACGCUGGAGGGAAAGCCUGAUGGAACACUAUGGUGGCAUAGCCCGGGACGACCAGUAUGUGCCCCAAUGUGAUGACUUGGGCCAGUUCAUCGCCCUGCAAUGCCAUGGGAAGAGUGACUUCUGCUGGUGUGUGGACAAAGAUGGCAGAGAGGUGGAGGGCACCCGCUCCCAGCCAGGCACCACUCCUGCAUGUAUACCCACGGUGGCUCCACCCACAGUCCGGCCGACCCCCCGCCCUGACGUGACCCCUCCGUCUGUGGGCACCUUUCUACUCUAUGCCCAAGGACAGCAGAUCGGCCACUUGCCCCUCAAUGGCACCAAGCUUCAGAAGGAUGCGGCCAAGACCCUGCUGUCACUGCAUGGCUCCAUAGUCGUAGGAAUUGACUAUGACUGUCGGGAGAAAAUGGUGUACUGGACAGAUGUUGCUGGACGAACAAUCAGCCGCACCAGUCUGGAACCAGGAGCAGAGCCUGAGACGAUAAUUAACACAGGUCUAAUAAGCCCUGAAGGGCUUGCCAUCGAUCACGUCCGUAGAACCAUGUACUGGACAGACAGUGGCCUGGAUAAGAUAGAGAGCGCAAAGCUUGAUGGUUCGGAGCGCAGAGUCCUCUUUCACACAGAUCUGGUGAAUCCCAGAGCCAUUGCUGUGGAUCCAAUCAGAGGCAACUUGUACUGGACAGACUGGAAUCGUGAAGCUCCUAAAAUUGAAAUAUCUUCUUUAAGUGGAGAAAACAGAAGAAUUUUGGUGAAUAAAGACAUUGGGCUACCCAAUGGCUUAACCUUUGACUCCUUCUCCAAAUUGCUCUGCUGGGCAGAUGCAGGAACCAAAAAACUGGAGUGUACACUACCUGAUGGAACUGGACGGCGUGUCAUCCAAAACAACCUCAACUAUCCCUUCAGCAUUGUUAGCUACACAGAUCACUUCUACCACACAGACUGGAGGAGGGAUGGUGUUAUCUCUAUAAACAAACACAGUGGCCAGUUUACUGAUGAGUAUCUCCCAGAGCAGCGGUCACAUCUCUAUGGGAUAACUGCCGUCUACCCGUACUGCCCAACAGGUAAUGAAUACUCUCAGAGUACAUUAAGAGUCUAA